AUGUCGAAUCUGUCCCUCUUGACCCAACCACAAAGCACAUCCACCGAGCCAUUCCCCCCCGCCGCCCUCGCAAAGCCACCCAGACCAGUCUCUGCGCCUUGUCCAAACUUUUCAAAGCCCAUAGCAGCCGACCCUCUACCGGCAACCGAUUCAAAAUCCGUCGGCGCCCAUGAAGUCCAGGCUAGAAUCCAAGCUGCAAGAAGGAGCCUGACUGCUGCACAACCCCCGACUGAAGCUUUCCAACGCAAACUCGACCAGUCUCCCGACCUCAUCCACCCAGCCUUGCGCGCUAGGAGCGGAGUGACGCCAAAUGGCGACCGUGCUCGUAGCCUCAAGUCGAGAAGCAAGCAAGAUCAAUCCAUCGACGCAGUCAUACGCCGCUUGUCUGCCGAGAUCGAUAGUGGACAGCUGAACCUCGCGAGAGAUGUGCCUCCAGUGCCUGCGUUGCCCGCAUUCCACUCGCCUGCAUCCGGCCGUCCGCGAUCAUAUCAACCCGCAAGUAGCAGGUCUUCUGUGACGAAGAGGCGAAGCCCGCUUUCGAUUGUGUCAUCUGCAGACGUUGCAGACUCCGAGGAAACUCCAUGCCAUACCUCAGGACAGACGUCGACGCAAACAUCCAGGCAGACAUCGAGGCGAACCUCUACCUCAGCCUCUUCUCAUGAUGACGACAAGCCCGCAAAGAUCCGAGUGAUUAGUCUGGAAUCCCACAAAGCAGGCCACGUCCAACAGCAACAACAACAAUCCGCACGUCAGUCGUCGCCUUCAACAUCAUCAUCAUCACCACCAACCAUCUCCCACUCCAAACCCCAACGAGUUAAGAGCCGCAGCCCGUGGCACACAAUUUCGCGACGACGAAUACUUUGCUUUGUUUAA